UUCUCGCGAGAUUUCGACGUCUCUAGCACGUUUGGCAGCCAUGUUGUAACGAUGUGAUCAUGCGACGAAGUUUUCUGGGACUUUCAAGUUGAUUUGCAUCGGCCCACGUCCUUCCUCCCAACCAGUAACUCACCAGAAGUCAUCGAAUACACCAGUAAGCCACCAGAAUAAGUUAGGCUGUGAUACCACGUCGUGUUUUUUAAGAAGCCCAGUAUUAUUUUGGCGUCAUCGGAGCUCACUGAUAUCAUGAUGGCUGCCCCCCUCCCCAAGAAAGAGCUAGACGAACUGAAACCCUACAUCGACAAGACGGUUGAGAAGGUGUUGGGAAUCUCCGAGCCGACCUUGACCAUGGCCGCUAUCAACUGUCUGGCGAGGGGGCUGGACAGAGACAGGAUGCAAGACCAACUGCGUCCGUUUCUUGAAGACAGCACGGAAACGUUUGUGGACAGACUGCUGGGCGCGGUGGACGAGGUCCGCUCAGCACGACACGGGCGCGAGAAGGACACACGCAACCGCAAGAGAAAUCUCAGGGAGGUGUUUGCAGACGAGGACACAGACGACGUGGCGGCCUCCAAGAAGGCGAAGAAGCCGCCAGCGUUUGAUGAUGAUGAUGUGAUACCUGCCGCCUCUGCAGAAAGUCCGGGCAUGCUCACUAAACAACAGAUUCAGCAAAUGAUGGAGAAUGCCACCAAACAGAUUGAAGAAAGGAAGAAGCAAAUGAAACUCAUGGGUGUGGGCUCGGGUACUUCUGGUUCUACCAACACGACAUCGGGCAGCGUACCCAAUGUGUCGUCCAACCUGCUGCUCAACGCGCCGACCGCCACUAACUACAUGAACGACGCCAUUGAGAAAGCCAAGCGCGCCGCUGAGCUGCAGGCCAAGAUCCAGGCACAGCUGGCCAACAAGCCUGGACUACUGGGAACUAUGAAACAAGGAGGGUUGGCGAUCGCAGACAAACCAGACAAAGUACAGCUUGUGGAGGGUCGGAUUGUCGAUGCUUCGGGUCGGGAGGUGCAGUUGGUGCAACGGACCCCCACACUGAAGGCCAACAUCCGUGCCAAGAGACGUGAGGAGUUUAAGCUGGUUCAGGACAAGGCAGCAGAACUGGACGAGUCUAGUCCCUUCUUCGACGACCGCGUCGCCCUGAAGCCUGCUGCCAGACAGAGGAGACCUUUCAAGUUCCACGACCCCGGCAAGUUUGAGGCCAUCGCACAAAGAGUGCGAGCAAAGUCCCAGCUAGAAAAGUUGCAGGCUGAGAUCGCGCAGGCUGCCAAGAAGACGGGAAUCCAGUCUGCGGCCAAACUCGCCCUCAUCACGCCGAAGAAGGACGACACAGAACAGCUGGAGGUUCCUGAUGUGGAGUGGUGGGAUUCUGUCAUCCUCCACGCUGAGUCGUACGAUAACAUAGACACAGGGGUGGAUGAGAAGGGGAGGAAAGAGGACCAGUUUGUGGGGGUGACCCACCUGGUGGAACAUCCCAUCGAGAUGAGACCGCCCAGCGACCCCACCAAGACCCGCGUCCUGCCUGUGUACCUCACCAAGAAGGAACGGAAGAAAAUCCGCAGACAGAACCGACGGGAGGUCCAGAAGGAAAUGCAGGAGAAAGUCCGUCUGGGGCUGGAAGCACCUCCGGAACCUAAAGUUAAAAUCUCGAACCUGAUGAGAGUACUUGGCAGUGAGGCAGUUCAGGACCCCACCAAGGUGGAGGCUCAUGUACGGGCACAGAUGGCCAAGAGACAGAAAGCUCACGAGGAAGCCAACGCAGCCAGAAAGCUGACCACCGAACAGAGGAAAGAGAAGAAAAUCAAGAGGCUAAAAGAAGACACGUCACAAGGUGUUCAUGUCUCUGUUUACAGAGUACGAGACUUGAGGAAUCCAGCGAAGAAGUACAAGGUUGAAGCCAACGCAAACCAGCUGUACAUGACUGGAAUGGUGGUCAUGUACCAGGAUGUGAACGUGGUGGUGGUAGAAGGGGGUCCCAAGGCACAGAAGAAGUUCCGUCGCCUAAUGAUGCACAGAAUAAAGUGGGACGACGACCAGCCGUCUAGAGACGACGAUGAUGAUGAGUCAGAUGAGGAAGAGUCCAAGAAGAGGAACAAGUGUUCUCUGGUGUGGGAGGGCACAGUGAAGAAUCACAACUUCGGUCAGAUCCAGUUCAAGGUGUGUCCGACAGAGAGCCUGGCGCGGGAACAUUUCAGGAAGCACGGCGUGGAACACUACUGGAACCUCGCACACAGCCAGUCUGUACUGGAGGCUACGGAGGACGAGACUUUGUGAUAACUGUAGAACCUAGGGGUGGGUACCCGUGUAGACAAUUCAGGUCCGGAUCAGGUCCAGAUGUCCGGACCUAAACCUGGACCUGAUUAUUGUACAGUAGUACUAUAUCAUAUUUUGGAGUGCGAAACACAAGUACAGGUCACUCACUAGUGUGUUAUAUAUUAUGUUCAAGCUGUACCAUGUAUAUUGAAGCUGAACACAGUUACAGAAAGAGACAAACAUGGAUUUAGGCCAAUCUAGUUUGAUUCAGGGUUAUUUUCUUUACCUGCCAUGGUAAGAUGUGUGUACAAUGUACAUAAAUGUACAUCAGGUCCGAUGAUCCAGUUUUCGCGUUUCGUUUUUUUGGACUCGGUUCCUGAAUGUCGUUCCAGUUUAAACCGGUCCGGCUGAACUGGUACCCACCCCUAGUAGAAACAGUAGUCACAGGGAAACUGUUGUCAUGUUCUUCACUUCAAAGGUCAACCAUAAAUGAGAAGAAAAAAAAAUCAGAAACAAAUCUGAGAUUUCAAACCUCCGGGAAGUGUAUAAAUGUUCACAACAACCGCUGAAAAUUUCAGACAUCGCAUUAACAUGAAUGUUACCAGCAAUGCCACAUAACUUGAAAGAUGGGUGAAAGAAGUGUGGUAAAGCCUGGUUGAUAGACAAUACUGUACAGAGGAUGGAAUUAUUUUAUUCCAAAACUAGAAAAUACAGGUACAAAGAAGAGGAACAACAAACCACAUUAUCUGCACCCUAAUAACUAGUCAUGUACCAAAAGUCAAAGAAAUCUGUCAAACCUGCGAUCUAUAGCAGCAAACACAAAAACACAACCAAAAACAGUACCUUCCUGCAGCUUGAUAUAUAGGGAAAAACAAGAUACACAUGUACAAUAUACUUCAAAUUCAUAUAAGUUACACACUUAAUUUGGCAGGAGGAGCAGAGAAAGAGGUGUUUGCCAAUGUUUUAAGUUCUUGGUGGACACUUAGUAUGCAAUACUGACAUAAUCUGUAUCCUUGGUGUGAUGAUUUUGCUGUAGAAAACUGCAAACUUGAAAACAUCAUGAAAAUGUACAGAUUGUCAAGUUUUACUGGCUGUGUGAGAAAUAAAGAAGUCAAUGAGAUUAAAAUAAUCAUUAUCUUCCUGCUUGUACAUUUGCGAAGGUUUCUCUGAAGAAUGGCAGGAAGAAAACAGCAGUUCAAGUGUAUUCUUGAAGUUGAUUGGCUAGGUAGGCAGGUAUGCUUGAAUGAUGUCCAAUAGGAAAGACUGUUAUUGUGCGUAGCUGCUGUAAAAGUACUGAAGCUACCUUGUAAAGAGACAGUGACUAACAAUUGCUAUUCUGUGUAUGAAAAGUGUUGUAAGGCACAUUGCUAUGCCAUCUACUGCUAUACUGUGUAUACACUUUGUACAGUGAACAAAUGAUGAGAAGAAAUGGAAGAAUUGUGCA